ACAAAGAAGUAAACAGUCGCUGCAUAUAAUCGAUAUUAUCGUCGUGGAAAAAUAUAAUGUACGCAAUAUGUUGUGUUUACAAUUUUGAUUAAAUCGUGUGUGCACGAACUUGUCAUUUUAUCGUGAGACGACGCCGGAAUCUUUUCAGUGAGUCAUCAUCAUGGCGAGCGACGUCGAGGAUGAAGAGCAACAGGGAGAAGAGAAACCCUUUGUUGUAGAACGCGCGAAGACUGGCCGCGCGAAAUGCAAGAAAUGCAAGUGCGCACUCGAGAAGGGUGAGAUACGGAUUGGCAAAUUCGUGACCAGCUUCUUCGCGGACGGCAAACUGAUGCCGGCCUGGCAUCAUGUGAACUGUCUAUUCGAAGCGUUCGCCAAACAGCGCGCGACAACCAAGAGGAUCGAUGAUCCUGCGGAGGAUGUGAAGGGUUGGGAGCAGUUGUCCGAUGACGAUAAGAAGAUCAUCCUGGACAAGUUGGAGGAAUUCGAGAAAUCUUGUCCGACGAAGAUUUCAAAAAGACCGCGUCGCCGCGAAAAGCGGCCCCUUCUUCGAGUAGUACUUCGGGAAAAACGCCUGAGAAAAGGAAAAAAGAAACCGCGACGAAUGACAAGGAGAGAGAAAGAGGAAAAGAAGAAGAUCUCGUCGAAGGAUGACACCUUUCGCGAAUUUCGACGCAUUUGCAGCAAUAUCGCCAACGUAGACGCAUACACCGACAAGACCGCGAUUGUUAAGAGGAUGUUCACGAAAGGAUUGCAGGGAGACGGCUUCAAGGGCGACAUCGUCCUCUGGUGCAAGUUGCUGCUGCCCGGGGCCGUGAAGAGAAUCUAUAAUCUGCAAAGCAAACAGCUGAUCAAGCUGUUCGCGCGAAUAUUGCUCCAGGACGAGGACGCGAUGCUCGAGCAUCUGGAGCAAGGUGACGUGGCCGAAACGAUCAGCGUGUUCUUCGAGAACAGCACCGCCGUCUCGUCUUCCAACGCGAGCGUGUUGACGAUUCAAGACGUUGACCUUUUUCUAGAAAGGUUGUCACAUUUAACCAAGGAGGAGGAACAGAUCCAGCAUUUUCGAUCCAUCCUCGACAGAUGUACCUCCAACGAUCUCAAGAUGAUCAUUCGUCUGAUCAAGCACGAUCUGAGGAUCAACGCCGGUCCGAAACACAUUCUCGAGGGGAUCCACGUGGAUAUGUACAGGGCCUUCCAGAUGUCCCGAGAUUUGGAAGUGGUGAUACGUCGUUUCCUGUCGGAUUCGGAGGAGAAGCGCGCCGCCCCGGACUCGCCAUUAAAACAGAAUAAAAUAGCCAUCUCGCUGAUGACGCCCGUCUUACCGAUGCUGGCAGAAGCGUGCACAUCUGUGGAAAUGGCGAUGCGAAAGUGCCCGAACGGGAUGUUAUCCGAGGUCAAGUACGACGGCGAACGCGUCCAGGUGCACAAAAGCGGAAACGACUUUCGAUACUUCAGCAGAUCCCUCAAACCGGUCUUGCCACACAAGGUGAAUCUGUUCAAGGAAUACAUAGCACAGGCGUUCCCCGACGGUGACGAUCUGAUUCUCGAUUCCGAGAUUCUUAUGGUCGACAACGAGACCGGGCAACCCUUGCCUUUCGGCACCUUAGGAAAACACAAAAAAGCCGAAUUUAAAAAUGCCAAUGUGUGCCUCUUUGUCUUCGACUGUUUAUACUAUAAUGGAGAAAUACUUAUGGACAAGCCUAUGCUGGAGCGUAGAAGGAUUCUGAAGGAUAGGAUGACCGAGAUACCGAACAGAAUAAUGCUAUCCGAAGUUUACGAAGUUCAUGAUUCGCAGGAUCUGGCGCUAAGAAUCGUGUACGUGUUGAAAUUAGGUCUCGAGGGUUUGGUCCUAAAGGAUAUCGAUAGCAAGUACGAGCCUGGCAAGAGACAUUGGUUGAAGGUAAAAAAGGAUUAUUUGUGCGGGGGUGCAAUGGCUGAUAGCGCAGACCUCGUUGUGCUUGGCGCAUGGUACGGAACAGGCAACAAAGGUGGCAUAAUGUCGGUUUUCUUAAUGGGUUGCUACGACGAGGCACGCGAUAAGUGGUUAACCGUCACCAAGGUUCAUACGGGACACGACGAUGCCACCCUGGCGGCGUUGCAGGACGAGCUCGACAUGGUGAAGAUCGGCAAGGAUGUGGAGAAGCUGCCGAGAUGGUUGGACGCCAAGAAACCGAUGGUGCCGGAUUUUGUGGCUAGAGAUCCCAAGAAGCAGCCGGUGUGGGAAAUCACGGGGGCCGAGUUCACGAAUCAGGGGGUUCACACCGCGGACGGCAUCAGCAUCCGGUUUCCGCGCGUGACGCGCAUCCGCCACGACAAGGAUUGGUCCACAGCUACCAGUUUGAAGGAGCUGCGCGGGCUCUUCAAGAAGAAGCCGGACUCCGUCGACUUCAGCCACCUGCUCGGAGCGGGAUCUGCCGAGGAUGUCGGGGAGGAGAUCCCGAGAAAAAGACCUGCCGACACGUCGCCGAGGAAACCCGAGAAGAAGGCGAGGAAGGUGGCGAGCUCGCUGGACGAGCCGUCAACGAGUUCCAAAAUCGACGAGGAACCACUCCUGGAGGAAUCCGAAAGACGGAAGAGGGAUAAACGUGAUCGAGGAGCCGAGGAUGUUCAGCCGAGGAAGAAGCUGAAAGUGGAGUCGAGAGUCGAAAGAGAUGUGGGAUCGAACUCGAGGAACGAUGGGAUUAAGAAGCGUACAAAAGGAUCUUUCUCGGAAGAGUCCUCAGGGAACUUCGAUUCGGAUGACGAGGAUAACGGAUCCAACAACGUUCUGCAGGAUGUGCGAGCGAGUCUCGCGCCGGGCUUCGACAGGAGCAGGAGAAAGGAUGCGCGAAAGAUGCUGAAAAAACUCGGUGCCACGGUGAUAACCACCACGUCGGAGAAUGGAGCAGACACGGCGACGACGACCCACGUCAUCCACACGCGCGCAGAAAUUCCAUCCACGGCGCUUCUCCUGGAUUUCGCCGAUUUUCCGAGGACCGUCAGGCAUGUGAACGUGUCCUGGCUGGAGGAGUCUGCGACGCGGUCCACGAAGCAGGACGAGAUCUGGCACGCGGUGCGACUGGCCGGUGAUUAUUGUGAUUGUUCCUGCGCGCAUUGACAGGUACGCAGCGGGUGUAUUAUUACACGGAAAAAUAUUUUCCUGGAAGUGCGAGGUACGAGGAAUCGUUCUUGAAAAAAAUAAAUAAAAAGAAAGACAUUCUAAAAUUAUCCUGAGGAUGCUCGAAUGUGUUGAAACAUCUAUGUAUCCUUUCCCUCAAUAAAAUUAAUUUCGCAAAUGGAUUGACAUCGACGUUGUAGAAUGACGUAAUUAAAUAUAUAUACGACUUACAAAUUGCGGCGAAUCAAAACGAAACAACGCAGUCGCCUUUAUAUUAUUUUGAAGCCUAAGGCUAUUUUAUUUGUGUAAAUCAUUUUAAUUAAUUAAACUAGAAAUGCGUAUGAAUUUACACGGAUAUA